GGGAAGAUGGUGGUCACCAGGUCCGCGCGGGCGCAAGCCGGCACCCCAGCCACGCGGGCUGGCGGCCCCCAGCAGAAGAGUUCUCCUAAAGGGAUUCGAGCACAUCCAGAAAGCAGGAAGGAACCUGAAUCUGAUGACCAUAGCAAUGCUGAAUCACAGACCACUGGGAAACAAAAUUCAGUCCCUAAAACUUCUAAAACCAGGAAGAAGAGCAGAACUACAGGCUCACUACCAGAGGUGACUGAAUCAUCUAGUGAUGGAGACAUCUCUGAAGCAGGGACACAUUAUUCUGUGUCUGAGCACCAGGAUCCCAUUUUAAGAGUAACUAGGAGAAGGCAGAUCUUAAUUGCAUGCCCUACAGUAUCCAGGGUUAGGAAAAGAUCAAAAAUAACUCCAACAAAUGAGUCUGAAGAAAUCGUCUCUGAAGCAGACUCUCAUGCUUCAGGUAUUUCUAGAAUUGUUUUCUCCCCAGAAAGAACUACAAGAACCAAAAGUAAUAAGGCUGAAUUUCUGACGGAUCCAGGCCAAAAUUCACAUAUAGAAGCUGUAUCUAUUGCUGAGUUAUCAUGUUCGGACAUUUCAUCUUCUGGAAUUGCAACUGGGACAACAACCAGGAGUAUGCAGAAGAAACUACAGGCAUGGACUAAGAAGAAAGAUAGUAAGAUUGUGCCAGGAAAUGAGAAGCAAAUAGUGGAUACGCCUGUGAAUUCAGAAGAUUCAGAAGCCAGACAAACCUCUCAUUUACAAACAAGAUCUCCUUCUCAGAUAAAUAAGAUAGAUUUCUAUCAUAAUGACUUUGAUGAUUCCUUCCACAGAAAUUCAGAAAAAUUACUAACUGGGCAAAAAUGUCAGCAUUUUACUGUAAGAGAGGACAAACAGGCCAGUGUUGCAUCUCUUAAGGAAAUAAAACAGAAUUGUAAGGAUUUGAAUGAAGAUGCCAACAAAAUAAUAGAUGAGGAAAAAGAAAGUAAUGAGAAGAGUUCUCAGGUGAAGAGUGAUUCUGAACCUGAGGACACUUGCCUUCAGCAGUUACUUUCUCAGAGACAUUCAACCCCCCAAAAUAACAAGGCCAUAUCAGGGCCUUGUAAAAUGAACUCAGAGGCUAUAGUGAAAUCGUUAGCUCAAACAUUUGCAGUUGUGGAAGUUGACAGGUGGAAUGAAGAGAAAAAGAGCAUCAUAAAAAGUGACUUGACAAAGUCUGGGGAUUGUGGUGGUAGUGAUGGUGAUGAAGAGUCCACAACUACAGGUGUUAACGAAGACAACAUUGAAAAGAAUGCAGAUUUUGAAUGUGAUACCAAACUGUACAUAUCUGAGCUCAAUACAGCUAAAGAUAAAAGUGAUUCUGUUUUAUUAGUCCUCAGCAGUGAUGAAAGCCAGCAGUCUGAAAACAGUGAGAAUGAAGAGGACACUGUGUGUUUUAUUGAAAAUAGUGACCAAAGAGAGUCGUUAAGUGAAGAUCCUGGAAGUGUGUCAUAUGACAACGCAUUGUUUGUAAUUGACACAACUCCCGGAUUGAGUGCUGAUAAAAAUUUUUACUUGGAAGAGGAAGACAAGGCAAGUGAGGCUGCUCUUGAGGAAGAAAUAGAAGAAGAGGAAGAGGAUGAAAAAAGUGAAGAAGAAACAUCGGACCAUGACAAAAGUGAAGAUGAAUUUAGCGAUGAAGAUGACUUAUUGAAUAGCACAAAGUCUAAACUUCUGAAGUUAACAAGCAGCAGCAUAGACCCUGGUCUGAAUAUCAAGAAGUUGGGUGGUUUGUAUAUUAAUUUUAGUGCAGACAAACUACAGUCUAACAAGAGAACCCUAACACAGAUCAAAGAGAAAGAGCAAAAUGAGCUUCUGCAGAAGUCCAUCAUUACACCUGAUUUUGAAAAAAACCACUCUGUCCCACCAUAUAGGGAAUCAAAGUAUCAACUUCAGAAAAAGCGCAGAAAAGAGCGGCAGAAAACAGCAGGGGAUGGCUGGUUUGGUAUGAAAGCUCCAGAAUUGACAGAUGAAUUGAAAAAUGAUCUCAAAGCACUGAAGAUGAGAGCAAGCAUGGACCCAAAAAGGUUUUACAAGAAAAAUGAUAGAGAUGGCUUCCCCAAGUACUUCCAGAUUGGAACCGUUGUUGACAAUCCAGCUGAUUUUUACCAUUCACGAAUUCCCAAGAAGCAAAGGAAAAGAACUAUUGUGGAAGAAUUGCUGGCCGAUUCUGAGUUUAGAAGAUAUAACCGAAGAAAGUACUCAGAGAUCAUGGCUGAAAAAGCAGCAAAUGCAGCAGGAAAAAAGUUCCGAAAGAAGAAGAAAUUUCGCAAUUAAGAUUUACCAAGAAAACCACAUUUUUUGUCUCCCUUUUGCUUACUAAAGAUGUUUGAAAACUAA